AAACCACUUUCCGUCUGCUAAAAAAGCAAAGCACGCUGAACCCUGAAUACCAGUCAGUGUGCUACAGCCGCUGAAAUUCCAAAGAGAGGCUUCGGAUCUUCACCUUCUUUUUCUUCUUCUUCUUCUUCUUCUUCUUCUUCUUCGUCCUUAGAUUUUUAUCGGUACUGGUUUUUACGAUCUGAUAGCUCUCUGGCGUCAGAGCUAUUCUACUUAGAUUUUUCAUUUCCGUGCGUUUGAGUGGGAAGAGAGCAAAUGGCGAAUAUAGAUAUUGAUGGAAUCUUGAAGGAGCUUCCUAACGAUGGCCGGGUUCCUAAGACCAAGAUUGUUUGCACUCUGGGACCGGCAUCGCGUGCGGUGCCUAUGCUCGAGAAGUUGCUGAGGGCUGGGAUGAAUGUUGCCCGCUUCAAUUUCUCUCACGGUACACAUGAGUAUCAUCAGGAGACAUUGAACAAUCUCAAAAUAGCUAUGCAGAACACCGGCAUACUCUGUGCCGUCAUGCUCGAUACCAAGGGACCUGAGAUUCGAACUGGUUUCCUCAAGGAUGGGAAACCUAUUCAACUUAAGGAAGGCCGAGAAAUCACUGUGACUACUGAUUAUGAAGUCAAGGGCACUGAGGAUAUGAUCACCAUGAGCUACAAAAAGUUGGCUGUGGAUCUGAAACCUGGAAAUACCAUCUUAUGUGCAGAUGGCACAAUCACCCUUACCGUGUUGUCUUGUGAUCCUGCCACUGGAACUGUGAGAUGUCGCUGUGAAAACACUGCAAUGCUUGGUGAGAGAAAGAAUGUCAAUCUCCCUGGUAUUGUAGUGGAUCUUCCCACACUUACUGAAAAGGAUAAGGAAGACAUCUUAGGUUGGGGAGUUCCCAACAACAUUGAUAUGAUUGCUCUUUCGUUUGUACGCAAAGGCUCAGAUCUUGUUAAUGUUCGUAAUGUCCUUGGGCCACAUGCAAAGCAGAUAAAAUUAAUGUCAAAGGUUGAGAACCAAGAGGGAGUCAUCAACUUUGAUGAGAUCUUGCGUGAGACUGACGCCUUCAUGGUUGCCCGUGGUGAUCUUGGAAUGGAGAUUCCAGUUGAGAAGAUUUUCCUGGCACAAAAGAUGAUGAUAUACAAGUGUAAUCUUGCAGGCAAGCCUGUAGUUACUGCCACUCAAAUGCUUGAAUCCAUGAUCAAGUCCCCCAGACCAACACGUGCUGAGGCUACGGAUGUGGCUAAUGCUGUCCUUGAUGGAACUGAUUGUGUCAUGCUCAGUGGUGAGAGUGCAGCUGGGGCUUAUCCAGAGCUUGCUGUGAAGAUCAUGGCUCGAAUUUGUAUCGAAGCAGAAUCCUCUCUUGAUUAUGGGGCUAUAUUUAAAGAGAUGAUAAGAUCAACUCCACUUCCAAUGAGCCCAUUGGAAAGUCUUGCAUCCUCUGCUGUACGAACUGCUAAUAAAGCUAAAGCAAAACUCAUUGUUGUGCUUACACGUGGUGGGACAACAGCCAAGUUGGUGGCCAAGUACAGACCUGCUGUGCCUAUCCUAUCGGUGGUGGUACCUGUCUUGACAACUGAUUCAUUUGACUGGAGCUGCAGUGAUGAGAGGCCAGCUAGGCAUAGUUUGAUUCAUAGGGGCUUGAUUCCCAUCCUGGCAGAAGGAUCAGCAAAGGCUACUGAUGCAGAAUCUACUGAGGUAAUCCUAGAAGCUGCUAUGAAGUCAGCAACAGAGAGAGGGUUGUGCAAGCCUGGUGAUGCUGUUGUGGCUCUUCAUCGCAUUGGUGCUGCCUCUGUUAUCAAGAUAUGCAUAGUAAAAUGAUGUAAGCCUUGAUUGGCUUAGAAGAAAGUGGCUGCACUGGUCAGGCCUUUUAUCUUUGUUUUAGAGAUCUUUUAUGCUUGAGCUAUUUCUCCUUUACGGUUGUAGAGGAUCUGACGAUUAAGCUAUUACCUAGUUGUUCUCUGCUACAGUGUACCCUGUUUUUGUUGAUUUUCCCUAUGUUUUCCCAAGAGCUCAUGAUAUGGUGCAUUCCAUCAUGCAGCCUGGUUUUAAAAUAACAGACAGUUAUUCCAUAUUAAUUCUGGU